GUUAAGCGACCAAUCAUCAUUCAAACAGUCGCUCGGUUAGCCGUGGGACGACAAAUUACUGGUGUGAGCGGAGAAGGGGGUCGCGUCUCUGCUGCAGCUAUUUAACACUGUUACAAUAGUCCGACACUAGUCACCGUAGUUGACUAUCAGUCGCAUGCCCUAGCAAUCAGUAUUAACAGCAACCAUUAAUUCACUGUAUUUAUUUAGCUACAACGAAAGCUGUAUAUAUAAGCAAACUAAAGCUAUAUAUGCUUAAAAAGUGACGUGCAUUUUUUAACAAUAAAAGAUUAAAGAUUGAGUUACCAGAGGUCAAAUAAUCAGCAAUUUUAGUACUUUUCCACUUGUUAAAGAAUUUUUGAAGAAGUUACUAGUUUUGACUAUUUUACUGGUGUCGAAGGAACCCGUAUCGAAAAUUGUCAAGAUAUCGGUAUGCCAACUACAGAUUUUAAUCAGGAGAGCACGACUUCACAAAGCAAUUCAACUAAUGCUAUUAUAAAUGAGAAAAAAGAACAUCUGUACAAAAUCCUUGUAAUUGGCGAACUUGGAGCUGGUAAGACUUCUAUUAUCAAGCGUUAUGUGCAUCAAUUCUUUUCGCAGCAUUAUCGUGCAACUAUUGGUGUCGAUUUUGCUCUUAAAGUAUUAAACUGGGAUCCUCAAACUAUAAUUCGGCUGCAAUUAUGGGAUAUUGCAGGUCAGGAGCGGUUUGGCAAUAUGACUCGAGUUUAUUAUAAAGAGGCAGUUGGUGCGUUUAUAGUGUUUGAUGUAACAAGAAAUGCUACACUGGAUGCAGUAAUUAAAUGGAAGCAAGAUCUUGAUUCUAAAGUUCAACUUUGCGAUGGAUCGCCAAUUCCAUGUGUUUUGUUAGCUAAUAAAUGUGAUCAACCGAAGGAAGGUGUUGUUAAUUUCCCGAAUAAAAUAGAUGAAUAUUGCAAAGAUAAGAAUUUUGCGGGUUGGUUCGAAACAUCUGCCAAAGAAAAUGUUAAUAUUGAAGAAGCUACCAAAUUUUUGGUUAAUAAAAUACUUCAAAAUGAUCAAAUAUUAAAAGGUGGUAGUGCACAAGAUCAACUUGACAGUGAUAAAUUAAUUCUUGAUGAAUCUUCAAUGAGUUCUAAAAAAUUAUGCACUUGCUGA